AAUUUGCAUCACCAUACUGCACUAUUCAGUAUAGACACUUGCUCCAAAACGAAUACGAAACCUUAAUCUGUAGGCAUGGGCAAUGCUCAUUCUCUCGAAAUCGACUUGUCGGAUAGACAAUUAACUAGUGUUACGCUGCAGCAACUGGGUGCACUUGUGUCUGGACCGAGCGCCUAUAGAAUCCUUUCACACAUCAAGCAAGAUCGCGGCAACUAUGUUCAGCGACUGUACUUGCGCCGCAAUCAACUGUCCUACCUUCCAGCCAACUUUGAAGUCCUGUUAAGCGGCCUAACGGAUUUAUCUCUGAGAAGCAAUGAUUUGAAUCAGUUUCCUCUCGAGAUCACUUCGUUAAAGCAGCUCGUCAAGCUGUCCCUCGCUGGCAACGGCUUAACCUACAUACCCGCCGAUGUUUCUAAACUACGGCAUCUGGAGUGGCUCAGUCUUUCUUCGAAUACAUUAGAUGAUCUACCUGUCGAACUGGCGAAAUGUAAACGUUUGACCCACCUAGAUAUACAGAAGAACAGAUUCAAAGCAAUUCCAAAUUGCAUCGCACAGCUCUAUACGUUGGAAGUACUACUCUGCCAGAAAAACUCCAUUUCAGCACUGAAGCUUGAGGCAUUUCCUCCCUCAUUGCUGACCUUGAACAUGGCUUUUAACUUACUGGAAGCCGUUCCACUCGCACUAUAUAAUCUUCCCAACAUACAAGCACUGAUUUUAUCAAGUAAUUUGAUCACCCACAUCCCUGUAGAACUAUGUUUGAACAACACAUCGCUCAUUAAUCUGGACCUGCAUACUAACAAACUGGGUAGUAUCCCUCAAGAGAUCUCGCAACUAAAGCAUUUGCGACGUCUCAAUAUUGCCAUCAAUCAAAUUACCGAAGUACCUGCAAGCAUUGGCGAUCUGCCGCGGUUGGAAUGGCUUAACGUCAACGAUAACCAGCUGACUGAACUGCCCGACACUAUAGGCAACCUGCGAAAGUUGAUCAAGUUUGGCAUUGUACAGAAUAAGCUGGAGAGGCUGCCAGACUCGAUAGGACGAUUGACCCAACUUGCAAAGUUAGAUAUGCGACGCAAUCAAUUCCGGUGGUUACCUGGAAGUCUCCUGAAACUUCGAGAUAAACAAGACUCGACGCAGAGCAUCACUCAAAACAGGGAGGACAGUAUGGUUCGGGCCCUUCGACCCGGUGUAGGCAGUUUGAAAACCAUCUUGAUGGGAGAGAAUGAGCAUCUUCAAUACUACGAAGGGAUUGUUUGCGAAACGGCCGAUCAAGAUGCAAUUGUUUAUUCUAGCAAUAUGGACAACAUUAGCGCUGAAAAGCUGACUCACCUCCACCCAGUUGGUUCGUUAUCUGAAAUUGCCGCACGCCGUCUAUUGGAUACGUUACCUGCACCUUCCGGGUCUAUUUCAUCGUUGCAAUACUCGAAAGAACGGAAAGAACACUUGGAGAACCUUCCCGCCCAUAUAUUACCUUCCUACACCCUAGAAAAAAUCUGUCAUAACGCCAAACAAUGCGAAGCCUGCUUGCGGUUGUAUUGCGACAGUUCUAUCUACGUUGCUGAGCUAGGCUGCAUGGGCGACUCGAGGAUCGAUGUACCGGUCCGAUUCCGGAUGUGUUCUUAUCGCUGUGCAAAGGCAUUCCUGGCCAUUGACAAGACUUCUCUGCAAUUCUACGAAGACGACUAUGAAGCAAAUGGGCUGGAGGCACUUGAUACUCCGUCGCAUAAUGAACUUAGUAGUAACAUACUACAAGAGAGCGAGCAGAGCUUUGAUUCCAACAUGCUGAGAGAACCCAGUAUAACAUCGGCAGCAAGUGCGAGACAUUUCAGCGUGACCAAAUGUUUACAAAGCUCCUUCCGCGCUUUGUUUUCUCUACAGCAUGCAGAUCAAGAUCUGGCAGUGAGCGUACCCAAUAUGUCUCGGCUUGUCACAUUAUCUAAUGUCUCAUCCCGGCCAUCUUUGCCAACCACUGGCCGCUACGUGACCACCGAUGUAUCUGAGUUGGAACGAUUUUAGCGAAGUAGUAUCAGCAUGUACAUUUUACAAAGGAGAGUCUCCUUUGCCCUUCUUGGAGCCGUUUUGUUUUAUAAUACUUUAAUCCAGUGUCCGUGUAAACGAGCAGGUCUUGCUUAUAA